AUAAAGGGUAAAAUAUAGAAAUAAAAUUGAAUUGAUGAUCAGUUUGUGCGAAGCAUCUGAGAGAGCAUUAAGAUUUCUUCAGAAUGAGGAAACUUAUUUUGUGGAUAAUAGCCAUUUGGCAUUUUUCAGGGAGUUUUGCCCAGAAAAGUACACAAGAGAAUAUUCAGAAAGUGCCAAUCCUUUUGGGUAUCCUAUAUUCGGGUAUUCAAUCAGAUAUUGGCAAAGAGUGUCGUGAAGAUGUGAAUUUGGCCAUCGAAAGUCUAAUGCAACGUGAAAUUUGGGCAUUGAAAAUGCUUGAUUCAAGUGGAGAUUUCGAGACAAAUUUUAUCUGGCAAAAUGUCUAUUGGUUGGGAUCACGUGAAUUUUGUAGUGCUAUCAAUUCUCCCAUUCCUGUUUAUACUGAGAAAAAGACUAAAUCAGUUCAGAAACUACUUAAUGAUCUUCCACCCUUUCAACUGGACUACCGUUUACUUUACGGCGAUAUUAAAUCUAAAUAUCAAAUUUUAUACGAGUAUACAAUCACAACUGUCCUGCACUUGGGACUUUGUGUACCAAAAUCCUGCUCUGAUAAGGACAUUCUCUCAAUGAGCCAAAAGUACUUCAACGAGCACCGUGUUCAUCCCUUCUUUGAUAUGGAAGUCUAUUUUACUCAUGUGAGAAAUAUGAAAUUUGAUUGGACAGUCUUUAAUAAUUGGAUUUUCAAAUUGUUAACAGGAAUUAUCCUAGCAAUCAUCCUUGUUCAUGUUCUAAGGGAGAAAAUGAUUAAAAAAUCGCCAAAUACGUUUUUUCGGCAUUUUUCUAUGAGAAAUAACUACAACAGUUUGAUGUCUUGUGCUGAGGAUCCCAAGAUAGUUUAUUCCUUAAAUUUCUUCAGGACCAUCUGUAGUUGUUGGGUUACUGUAGCCCAUGUCUAUCUACUGAAUUAUGUGGCUGUGGAAUCUAUUCCAUUGAAUGGAAUGCAUUCAAAAUUAUUCUAUAUAAGACUUUUCUACAGAUCAGCUCUAAUUUUGGAUGUAUUUUUUCUAAUGUCGGGAUUUGUUUUAGUUUACAAUUUUUUAAAGAAUCACGAACUCUGUGAAACUAUCCGGAAAAACACAUUCAAGGAGAAUUUGAGAUUACUCAUCAAACAUAUUCUUCAUCGAUACACACGCUUCUUUCCAACUGUUGCAGCUACUCUAAUCCUAUCUCGAAUCUCGCAUCUUAUCUUCGAUUCCAUCUUCUACAGAGACAUGAGGCACAACCUCUCGAUGGAAUCUUCAGGGUGGAUUUGGAAUGUACUUUUUAUUCAGAAUUUUGUGCCUUUUUCACGAAUGGCAAUAGUAUGGACUUGGUCUAUGGCCUGUGAUAUGCAGUGUUUCAUCAUUUUCCAGACACUCCUCUUUAUUUAUAUCAAAUAUCCUCGCUAUUUCAAACUCUCAAUGACUCUUGUGAUUGUGCUUUCUUUGGGGCUUUCUUAUAAUUGCAUGCUCAAUGUGAUUAAUAGUGAGCAUUUCGAGUUCUCAUAUCAUGGUUUUAUAUGCCUCGUUGAUGAAUUUUACAUGAAACUAUACUACAGGAUUAUAACUUAUGCUUGUGGAGUUUGUAUCGGUUACAUUGGCUACCGAACCAUUGGAAAGGAAGUGAAAAUCUCAAAGGUUAUUAGGAGAGGUUUUUGGAUCACAAUAGUCAUUUCUCUUGGAAUAAUAGUCUUCUUUAAUGAAGACUACGUUUCUCCUAUCCUACUUCCUUUUCUCUUUACCUUUGGAAGAAUCACAUAUACGCUUCUUGGAGGAUUUGUUAUUCUCUUUGGUCAAUGGGGAUACUGCAAUUGGAUCAAUGAGAUAGGCAAAACACCGUUCUUUAUGAAAAUGACUAAACUUUCAUUCACGCAGUAUAUGUUUCAUCCAAUUUUUAUUCACAUCAUUAUGUGCUCUCACAAUGAUGUUACCUCCACUUCUUUCAUAUCGGUGAUCUACCUCUCAAUUACUACGGCAAUUUUCACUUAUUACUUCUCCAUGGUUUUCAAUGUCUUUGUUGAAGCACCUUUAAAUCGUGUGUUCGAUGAUAUUAUGCAAAUGAAAAAAGUCAAAGAAAAAAUUGACGACAAUAAGAACUUUAUGUAGAAUUUUACUUCAAAUAUAAAGCUGUUUUACAAAUGAUUUAUCUGAGCCAUAUUUAAUUGAGUGGUAAAUUUCUCUUUCAAUCAACUUUUUUUUUAAGAUUGAAUAAGAUCCUUAUAAGAAUACUUCACAUUCUUAAUACAAAUAUCUAAAAUAUUCUACAUUAUUUCUUCUGUAUAAUAAAUUACUAAUUGAAUACAAUGCUAUUGUAUUCUUAAUAUUAAGAAUUCAUAUAGGAUUUCCCAAUAUUUAGAAAAAAAGCAAGAAUUAUAUUAUUUUCAUUUAUUUAAUAUUUUGAUUACUUAAUUUUUUAUCUGGAAAUCUAAACGUCAUUUAAUUGAGGAUCACAAAUGUUUCAGAUUUUUGUCUCUUUAAUAGCUUGUUUCUAAGAUUUUAUAGAAAAUUUAUAAUUUAUUUUGAGUAAAAAUUAUAACAGACAUUCUUAGAAAAAUUUAGGAAAACGAAACUUAUGUAAAAUUUAAUUUCAAAAUAAUUAAAUAUAGCAGGUAAAUAAAAAUAAA